CAGCCAGUGCCUGCCAUGUCUCCAGAUACAUGUUCAAAUGUAUCCCAAACUCAUGACAUUCAUGGUCUUCUGGCUAGACUUCCUCAUCCUGUGUUUGCCAUCACCAGAGACCUGUUUGGGGCAGAAAAGACUGAAGUUCUGAGCGAAGACCUUCUCCAGGUAGAGAAGCGCCUAGAACUGGUGAAACAAGUGUCCCACAGCACACACAAGAAGCUCACCGCGUGUCUACAGGGCCAGCAGGGAGCAGAGGCUGACAAGCGCUCGAAAAAGUUGCCGUUGACGACACUGGCUCAGUGCUUGAUGGAGGGCUCUGCCAUCCUGGGAGACGACACGCUUCUCGGGAAGAUGCUGAAGCUCUGUGGAGAGACAGAGGACAAGCUAGCUCAGGAGCUGAUCCACUUUGAGCUGCAAGUGGAGAGGGAUGUGAUUGAACCCCUGUUCCUGCUGGCAGAGGUGGAAAUCCCCAAUAUUCAAAAGCAAAGGAAACAUUUAGCAAAGCUGGUGCUGGACAUGGAUUCUUCACGGACCAGGUGGCAGCAGACUUCCAAGUCUUCAGGGCUUUCCAGCAGCCUUCAGCCCGCGGGUGCCAAAGCUGAUGCCCUCAGGGAGGAGAUGGAGGAGGCUGCCAACAGAGUGGAGAUUUGCCGGGACCAGCUCUCUGCUGACAUGUACAGUUUUGUGGCCAAAGAAAUUGACUAUGCAAACUACUUUCAAACGCUGAUAGAAGUGCAAGCUGAGUACCACAGGAAGUCGUUGACACUGCUUCAGGCUGUGUUGCCUCAGAUCAAAGCACAGCAGGAGGCCUGGGUGGAGAAGCCUUCCUUUGGGAAGCCCCUGGAGGAGCACCUCAUGAUCAGUGGCCGUGAGAUUGCCUUCCCUAUAGAGGCCUGUGUAACGAUGCUGCUGGAGUGUGGGAUGCAGGAAGAGGGCCUCUUCCGGGUAGCCCCCUCGGCCUCCAAGCUGAAGAAGCUGAAAGCUGCUCUGGACUGCUGUGUGGUGGAUGUGCAGGAGUACUCGGCAGACCCCCACGCCAUUGCAGGGGCUUUGAAGUCUUAUCUUCGAGAGUUGCCAGAACCUCUUAUGACCUUUGAACUCUAUGAGGAAUGGAUCCAAGCUUCCAAUAUUCAGGAGCAAGACAAGAGACUCCAGGCUCUCUGGAAUGCUUGUGAGAAAUUGCCCAAGGCCAAUCACAACAACAUCCGGUACUUGAUCAAAUUUUUAUCCAAACUGUCUGAAUAUCAGGAUGUAAACAAGAUGACUCCUAGCAACAUGGCAAUCGUCCUGGGACCCAACCUCCUGUGGCCACAAUCAGAGGGGAAUAUCACCGAGAUGAUGACCACAGUUUCACUGCAAAUUGUCGGCAUCGUGGAGCCCAUCAUCCAGCACGCAGACUGGUUCUUCCCUGGGGAGAUAGAGUUCAACAUCACAGGCAGUUACGGGAGUCCAGUCCACGUGAACCACAAUGCCAACUACAGCUCAAUGCCCUCCCCAGACAUGGACCCUGCUGACCGGCGCCAGCCAGAGCAGGCCCGCCGACCCCUCAGUGUUGCUACGGACAACAUGAUGCUGGAGUUUUACAAGAAGGAUGGCAUGGGUGUGAGGGUCAUGGACACAUCUUGGGUGGCUCGAAGAGGCUCCUCUGCUGGUCGGAAAGCAUCCUGCGCCCCGCCUUCCAUGCAGCCUCCUGCCCCACCCUCUGAGCUGGCUGCACCCCUGCCAUCACCCCUGCCGGAGCAGGUCCCAGACAGCCCCGCCACUCCGGCUCCUGCACUCUCUCCAUCAGGUGCCAGCCUGCAGCCCACCCCUGAGCGCCCCAGUGUGUCUAAAAGCAAGGAGCUGUCUCCGGGGUCUGGGCAGAAAGGAAGUCCAGGUUCCAUCCCGGGGACAGCCUGCCCAGGGUCACAACUGGGGCCACAGCCGGCUGCCAGCCCCAGCCAGCUUCCUGCAGACCAGAGUCCACACACCCUCCGGAAAGUUUCAAAGAAGUUGGCACCGAUUCCUCCCAAGGUCCCCUUCGUGCAGCCAGGGACUGUUUCUGACCAGCCCACUGGCCAGCCAUCCCCAGUCAGCCUGUCUCCCACUCCACCGAGCACUCCAUCCCCCUAUGGACUGAGCUACCCGCCAGGGUACUCCUUGGCCUCUGGCCAGCUUUCUCCUGCCUCAGCCCCUCCCCUGGCCUCUCCCUCUGUCUUCACAAGCACUUUAGCCAAGUCUCGGCCCACCCCUAAGCCCCGACAGAGGCCCACCCUGCCGCCACCUCAGCCUCCUAGUGUCAGCCUGUCGGCCUCAAGUCCACAGUCCGCGGAGCACCCCAUAUUAGACGGCAUGUCACCGGGGGAAAGCAUGUCUACAGAUCUUGUCCACUUUGAUGUCCCCUCCAUCCACAUAAGCUGGGGUCAACGCUCGCCUGAGCCCCUGGAACACGCACGGCGGCACUCAGUGACUGACAAGAGGGACUCAGAAGAGGAGUCUGAGAGCACAGCUCUUGAUGUGGCCCACCCUGACAUGUAGGCAUACAUCCAUGGGUCCCCAGACACCACCCAGUGCAGCGCCCCUGGCCUGCCAAGGAUUUUUCCAUCAGCCCUUGCUGUCAUGUCCAACACCAGGGUGGAGAUGGACAGAGGAAAAAGAGCUUACUCCCGUCCGUGUGGCAGUGUUUGGUGGUGCAAAUUUUGUUUGUUCAUUUUGGGUGAUGAUUCCAGCCUUUUGUUUGACCUUUGCCUUUUGACUUUGUGCCUAUUUUGAUCCAUCUUUGGCCUCUAUGGCAAGCAGCAUCCACCUCUUCACUCAAGGGCUUGCCAGGAUGGCCUUUGUAGGAUGAGGGUGCAAGAGAGGGUCCAGUUACUGUCUUGAUUGGUACAUCAGGUCCUGCAGCAUCACCAUAAGGACCAGAGGGGAAGCAGGACAGGAGGAUAGACCCCCUUCACAGGGCAAGAGAAGUCCUGGGUACUGUCUAUCCUCUGCCUGCUGCCAGGGUCCUGGCCAACCAGAAAGAUCUUUCAGGCUACCCUUAAUCA